CAUAUUUGUGAUUAAGUCUACAGUUGUGCAGUCCUCCUGUGCCGACAUGGAUGAAGAAAGUCCUCUCCUGAACACAAGAAACUCAUCACUGGAGCCCACGGUGGCACAGCGUGUUUUCAAUGGCGAAUGUCCCAGUGUGACGUAAUGGACAGAUGCUGCAGGCAAUAUGGGUACCACUUGGAUAUCGAAUAACACUUCCGCAAGUUUGCGCACGGAUGACGCGCUCUCCAACAUUUUGUUCCUCAGUAGAAUGAUGAGCAAAUCCAAACUGUUACUGGCUGUUUUUGCGGCCGUCUUGGGGAACUUCAAUUUUGGCUAUUCCCUGGUCUAUCCGUCCCCCGUCCUGCCAGUGCUCCAGGGUCCUGAUGCGGAUCCCAGGCUGAGGAUGGACACCUCCCAGGCUGCAUUGUUUGGCUCAGUCUACAUGCUGGGCAUGGCCGUAGGCGGCCUCGGGGCCAUGCUGCUUAACGACCUCAUUGGGAGAAAGUUAAGCAUAAUGGUGUCAGCCGUGCCUUCUGCUAUUGGCUCCCUGCUGCUGGGAGGGGCUGUGGAAUUAUGGAUGCUCCACCUUGGCCGUUUCCUCACAGGUCUCGCCGGGGGGGUGACAGCGGCAUCCAUUCCUGUUUACAUCUCAGAGAUCUCCCAUAAAUCACUGAGAGGAGCACUCGGAACCUGCCCUCAGAUUACUGCUGUAUUUGGAGCCCUGGCACUCUACGCUUUGGGUCUGGUGUUACCGUGGCGGUGGCUUGCAGUGGCAGGAGGCGUGCCAGCAUUGCUGAUGGUUGUGCUGCUAUUCUUCAUGCCCUACUCCCCCCGGAGGCUCCUCUCCCUGGGCAGAGAGGAGCAGGCCGAGUCUACUCUUCGCUGGCUGAGGGGCGCUGACUAUGACAUCCAGAGCGAGCUCGACACCAUCAAGCGCAGCAUCAGUCUGCAGAGCCGCGUCACGUGGUCCCAGCUGGCCAUGCCCAUCUAUUACCGGCCAAUCCUCAUCUCUGUGGGGAUGCGUUUCCUGCAACAGCUGACUGGCAUCAGCCCCAUUCUGGUCUACCUGGAGCCCAUCUUUUCUCAGAGUAAUGUUUCCCUCGAGCCCAGGUAUGAUGCCGCAAUUGUGGGAUUGGUUCGCCUUGUGUCUGUCAGCUUGGCGGCAGUUUUGAUGGACAAGGCAGGGCGCAAAGCUCUGCUGUACGCCUCCAGCUUCCUGAUGUUCCUGUCCACACUGACUCUGACCAUGACCUCCCUUGCCACAGCUUACCUUCCAGGACCCGCCCCUACGAACUUCACCGCAAAUAUUCAACACGACGUUCACUCUGACGUGGUUUUGAUGGCUAGCAACCAAAUGGCCGCAGGCCCCAUUCCACUUAUCAGCGUUGUGGUAUUUAUAUUUGGAUACGCUAUGGGAUGGGGGCCAAUCACAUGGCUGCUGAUGUCAGAGGUGUUGCCUCUGGCUGUCCGGGGCGUCGCCUCGGGCCUGUGCGUGACUGUGAGCUGGGUGACAGCCUUCGUGCUCACAGACGCCUUCACUCACCUGGUCGACAGGUACGGCCUGUACGUGCCGUACUUUUUUUUUACCGUGGUGUGCGUCGUGUGUCUGCUCUUCACCGCCAUGUGCGUCCCGGAAACCCGUGGCCGAUCUCUGGAGGAAAUUGAGAACUAUUUCAGGACACGCAGAUUUACUAUUAAUCAUGAUCACACUACCGAAGAUUCGCUAGAAAGAGCAGAGGCCUGAUGUGCGCAAUUUCGUGUGGAUUCUAGAAAGUUAAACCACACAAUUCCUAUCUUGUGGACUUUUCUGUGUGGCACAUUCUCCCACUGUCCUUCAUGUUAAAAAUAUAAUUUUCCAUGUGGCACUUUCAACAGUCGGGAUGCACAACACAUGGCCCGGAACAGAUAAAUUUAACCCCCUAAAUGUAGUUAGUCCGAUUGUUGCAACAUAUUUUGUGCAGACGUUUUCUAUGGCCCACAGAGGAAAUAAAAAAAAAAAAAAAGAAGACUGAAAUGGCAACUGAUGGGGGGGGGGGACAUUUUCACUAAUUUUUUAGUCAUUUAGACUAACACUCAUACUGCAUAUGGCCAUAUUGGAUCCUAGACUACUACAGUAAUCCCUUGUUUUUCCACAGUUAAUUGGUACCAGACCCACCCACGAAAAGUGAAAAACAGCAAAGUAGGGGUAAAUUGCGUUUUUUUUUACCCCCUCUUCAUUCAUAGGUCCUUGUCAUCUUGCUGGGGAUGCUGCAUUAUACCCUAUCAAUGCGGCUUCCCAAUACAGUACUGUACUAAUGUAUGCUGGCGUUUUUUUUUGUUUUUUUUUUAAUCUAUUUUGCUUUAUUGGUCCAUGUCGUUGCACCGGGCAUGGCGCAUUAGUAUGUAGCAAUCCGUCUGAUGUACUGAAUCUGUAAUAGGUUAUCCACAAAGUAGAGAGGGAUUACUGUACAACUCGUGGAAUAAUGUUUUACAAUGAACAUCUUAUAAUAGACUAUUAUGGAUAAAUAGUUCAGAAAGUGUAAAUACUUGACCAUACAUGUUGGCUAGUAGACAAACAGUGGAUAACUAAAUGAAAAUGUUGAAAAGAAAAAAAAACAUUUAAACAAUUUCAUAUAAUUACAACAAUAAAUUCACGAUAUUAUGAAAAUGCUCUUAUCUUGUGAGAAUUAAAGUGUAAUCUGAAGUAAAUUGUAAUUUUACACUAAAUUACACAAAACAACAGGACAACUCAGGGUUCUUGUGGUGAUCAUGCUUGCAGCACAGUUCUGAGGUUCAGGGUUUGAACGUUUGAGUGCGUACUGCUCUCAGACUGUUGCAUUUAGGUUGGAGUAGGAAUUUUGAAACUUUAUUCUCGAACAAAUACAUUUUCCUUCUUGUAAUAUUACACAAUUCAGGGUGGGCCUAAUAUUCCUUUGUAGAUUACACACAUACCGUAAACCAGCAACACAUUUUAAAAUGUUUGCAUGACAGAUAUGUCAGUCCUGAGAGCAAAUAUGUUGGCACCUGUUUUUUUGAUUAACCACAGACGGGCCAUGUGGUGCAGGCUUGCAUUCCAGCUUUGUGUAUGGAUGCCUGUGUGUGACUUCAAAAUGAUUUUAUUAAAGUUAGUGAGGUUUUGGAUGGUUUGUCAAGAGUUUUAAAAAAAUAUGUACGACACUUGAAAUUGAAAAACAAAAAGAUGAAUUGAGAGUUGAUAAAUACAUUUUAAUGGGCUUCCUUCCGUAUUCUAUUAAAACAGGAUGACAAUUGAUGUAAAUAAAUGGAGAGGAAGGUCCACAGGCAGAACGGUUCAGUGUCUCUGUACAGGUUUAUCGUGGUAGGGAAAGAGCUGAGGCGAAAGGCAAAGCUCUCGAUUUACCGUUCGAGCUAUGGUCCAACCCACACCUGUGGUCACUACCUAUGUGUCACGAGCAAAAGAACGUGAUAGUGGGUACAAGUGACCGAAAUCAGUUUCCUGUGCACGGUGCCUAGGCUCUGCCUUAGAACUGGGGUGAGAAGCUUGGUCAGUCUGUAAGGGCUCAGAAUCAAGGGGCUACUUCUCCGAAUCAAGAGCAGCCAGGUGAGGUGGCUCAGGAAUCUCGUUAGGAUGCCCACGUGGUGAGGUGGCACGUCCUACCAGGAGCAGGCCCCGGAGAUGAUCAAGUACAAUCUGGGGAUACUACAGCUCCCGACUGGCCCGGGAACGCUCCGGGAUCCCCCUGGAAGCGUUGGAUGAGAUGGCAGGGGAAGGGAAAUCUGGGUUUCACUGCUUGAGCAGCUGCCCCUGUGACCUGAGCGCAGGUAAGCGGAGGAAAAUGGAUGGAUAGAUGAAUGAAUGGACGGACCGACAAUUUGGAUCUCUGGGACUCAUUUUAAGUUUCCAUGAACUGAUUUGUAGUCGUGAUAAAACAUUCAUUCAAAAGCAGAUGGCAAACCAUACCAAUCCAAAUUCUGGUUUCAGGAACCGACUUGAUGUCAGAUCAAUUUUCAUUGAUUUCCAAAGACAAUGACCGACUGACUAAUCUGCGUAAGAACGGCAGUGGAAAAGAGUCAAUGAGGAAAGGAAUGGCUCGUCAAACAGGUCACGCUUCAGAUAUACCGGUAACGACAAAAAUGCAUGACGUAAAGAAGACAGUCAUUGUUUGUUAGAUUGACGUAAAUACUGAUGUUAUUUUUCCUACAAAAAACCCUAAUAACUCUUGCUUUGAAGAACAGAUGUACGAAGUGUUGCGCUAAGAUGUGGCUUGUGAGGUUUUUUUUUUCGAGAUACAAGCAACCGUACGGCCGUAUUUUUGCUUGAAAUAGAAGCACUUUAAAACACCAGUGAGCUCAACUAACUUUACAGCAAGCUCCCCCACGAUAUAAAAAAAAAAAGUUAACUUGAGUGGCUUUAUUCGCAUCAGUGGUUAUUCAGUACAAUUUUGCCUAUUAUUAUUAGGCUCAUUUUUUCCCAGUACAGCAUGCAGUGAGAUGGUGAUGCCUGUUAACUCAUGAGCUCACUGGAAAGCCUUGAGACGAGCCAGUGAUAUAUAUAAUAUAUAUAUAGUCCUUCUUCUUGUGGCUGACUGGAGGGUUUCCAUAGGUAUAUUUUUGCAGCUUGGCUAUAUAGUAAUGUCUAAACUCUCGAUAAUUAUUAGACAACGUCGCAUCCAUUUUUUCAGCAAGGCUUGAUUUCACAUUCAGCCGACAUGUCCGCAGCGUUUGAGGGCAGAAGCAACCACUUGAUGAAUUUCAUCAUUUCAUUUCCUGGCUUAAUUCAUGCAAAUAUCCAUCAUGAGAGUCUUGGUACUGGUGUAAGAUUAUGUGUGCAAGUUUGUGCUUUACUUUGUUCAAACCAUUACAAAGCGUCAAAUGAAAAUCUGUAUGAGGAAGAAGUCAGAAGUGCGUGUAGUCGUCUUAUGAAGGAUGCAAUCUCUCUAGUAAGAGUUCAGUUACGUGCUGAGUCAGAGUCUAUUUUUGCAUUCAUCACUCCACCCACUUUGUGCAUUCCUAAAUUGCUUCCAUCUUACCACCAACCUGCUGCUACAUUUUGACCUUUUUUUUGUAUUCUCUAAGCAACAACAACAACAACCCCCCCCCCCCCAAAAAAAAAAGAAAAAAAAUUCUAAUCGUCAUUGCAAAUUACUGUUGUGCAUAUUUAUAAACAGAUUUGGACACUUAGAGAAAAAAAUAUGUCAAAUGAUUUGGGUACAGCUGUUUAAAUAGUUUUUGUCUUGUUCAUUGGAGUCUAC